ACGCAGCUUCAACCCAACUCCACCAGCUCUUAAUAUGAUACUAUUUAUUCAAGAGAUCGAGCAUGCCCUGGGACUUGGCCCAGCCAAACAGUGCCCUCUUCGAGACUUUCUCACCGUGUACAUCAAAAACAUCUUCCUCAAUCAGGUCUUGGCAGAGAUCAACAAGGAGAUUGAAGGAGUCACCAAAACAUCUGACCCCUUGAAGAUCCUAGCUAAUGCGGACACCAUGAAGGUGAUGGGGGUGCAGCGGCCUCUCCUACAGAGCACAAUCAUUGUGGAGAAGACAGUGCAGGACCUCAUGAACCUGAUGCACGACCUGAGCGCGUACUCGGAUCAGUUCCUCAACAUGGUGUGCGUGAAGCUGCAGGAGUACAAGGACACCUGUGCAGCGGCCUGCAGGGGCAUUGUCCAGUCAGAAGAGAAACUUGUCAUCAGUGCAUCUUGGGCAAAAGAUGAUGAUAUCAGCAGACUCUUGAAAUCUCUACCAAACUGGAUUAACAUGGCUCAACCCAAACAGCUGAGGCCAAAAAGAGAAGAGGAAGAAGAUUUCAUAAGGGCAGCCUUUGGCAAGGAGUCGGAAGUUCUCAUUGGGAACCUGGGUGAUAAGUUAAUCCCUCCACAAGACAUCCUCCGUGAUGUCAGUGACCUCAAAGCUUUGGCCAACAUGCAUGAAAGCCUGGAGUGGCUAGCAGGUCGAACAAAGUCAGCUUUCUCCAAUCUUUCUACAUCCCAGAUGCUGUCUCCUGCUCAAGAGAGCCAUGUGACCAUGGAUCUGCCCCCAGUGUCGGAGCAGAUCAUGCAGACGCUGAGUGAACUUGCCAAAUCUUUCCAGGAUAUGGCUGACCGCUGCUUGCUUGUCCUGCAUCUGGAAGUCAGGGUUCACUGUUUCCACUAUCUCAUCCCCCUUGCAAAGGAGGGGAACUAUGCCAUCGUGGCUAAUGUGGAAAGUAUGGAUUAUGACCCUCUGGUGGUCAAGCUCAACAAAGACAUCAGCGCCAUUGAAGAGGCCAUGAGUGCCAGCCUUCAGCCGCACAAGUUCCAAUAUAUAUUUGAAGGCCUGGGUCACCUGAUCUCCUGCAUCCUCAUUAAUGGUGCCCAGUACUUCAGGCGCAUCAGUGAGUCUGGCAUCAAGAAGAUGUGUAGGAACAUCUUUGUCCUGCAGCAGAAUUUGACCAACAUCACCAUGUCGCGGGAGGCAGACCUGGAUUUCGCAAGGCAAUAUUACGAGAUGUUAUACAACACGGCUGAUGAACUCCUGAACCUGGUGGUGGACCAGGGCGUGAAGUACACAGAGCUAGAGUACAUCCACGCCCUGACCUUGCUACACCGCAGCCAGACUGGGGUGGGAGACCAGACCACCCAGAACAUGAGGCUGCAGCGGCUCAAGGAGAUCAUUUGCGAGCAGGCUGCCAUCAAGCAAGCCACCAAGGAUAAGAAAAUAACGACGGUUUAAUCGAGCACACUGCUGGAGGUGGGGGGUGGGGGCGCUAUUUUUGUUUACUCAGUCACACUUGCUUCUUUCUCCGGUAUGUUAUUUGGUAUAUUUGAAGCAGACUUGCUUUUCUCUGCACUGAUACUUUAGUGGAGAGAAGACAAGACGAUGUAUUUUUUUUCUGUCUCUUUACUUUGGGCUUUUCAUAUAAACUGUAACGGGAGUUUGCAGUACAGAAUGUUUUGAUUUAACGUCUACUCUAAUGCAGUCAGUUCCAAAGGGUUGAGUGACUAGGGUGGGAUGGGAGGAAGGUUGUAUCAAAUUGGACUCUGAAAAAAUGAAUGCAUAAAUUACAACUACCCAACAAUCUUUAGAAAGCAGGCUGCUCCCUCAGUUUUAGUCCCUUCUUAAAACACUUCAUAGGGUUCUCUUACACAAAGAGUAGAUCUUUACUCUCUUGACCCUGUCAGUUUACAAUACAGUGAAAUAAGCAUAUGUGCAUUGCUUUUUAUCUCUGUUGCCAACAUCAAAUCAGUGGCUUCUCAGCUGGCUGUAAUUUUCAACAAGUUUUCCUAACCAAAACAGGACCUCUUCAGGGCUACGGGGAAAAGUCCUCUUAUCCCAGUCCCUGGGCGAGUUUUGUGUGCGGCCGUUUGUACACAGAAUAUAGUCAGUGUAUUGCCUUUUCGUCUUUACUUCUGCUGCAUCAAAACCAAGAGCCUUCAAAUUAAUCACAAAAAUGGAAGAAUGAAAGGCAGUCCACCCUCCUCUUGAUCUUUUAACCUCUACUUUCCAAGAGUAAAUAAUGGGUAGAGAACUUUUACUCUCAGUUAAACAUUGUUUGGAUGUGAGUGAUUUUUAGAUGCUUACUUGCUCUCGAUGUGAGCCCCUAGGUCUUUCUCACCUUAGAAAGAUGCCCUGGUCCACUCAGCUGAGUGCACGGAAGAUGGGACAGCGUGACAUUCGACCUCUGUGCACCCACCAGCGGAGGCCAUUUCUAAAGUGUUCCCAGGUGGUUUGGGUGCUCACCUCUCCUGGCACACUGAACCCCGCCAUUGCCCCCCAAGUCUCCAAGCAUUCCUGCUACCCAUGGUUGAUAUGUCACAGGAGAAAGCAAGGCACUGACUGGGACACACCUUGGAAACAUGUGGAGAGGAGAGCAGAAAGGAUUUUAAGCAUACACGGCAGCUGGGCCUCACAUUGUGAUGAUCCAAAAUUGUAUACCUGUUUGUACAGCUUUGGUCUUGGUGGGAAAAACAGAAAAUUAAAAAAUGUUUUGAGAAGCUGAAA